UACAAGGUUGUUUAUUUUAUUUUUUAUAUUGUUGAUUUCCAUCUGCAAGUUAUUUAUUAAUAUUUUCAAAAUCAAUCAGUUCAAACGAUCUCUUUCAUUCUAUUCUAUAGAGGUAGAAUAUUUAAUUAGAGAAGAUGGUGCAAGGCCAUAGUGGACUCGAAGAGAGCCAUGAGGAUCGCAAGGAACGCCGCUUGCAGCUGGUGUACAAGCGACAUACUCACGAGCGACAAAUUUUCAUGCAAGAGCUGAAGGAAAUUCGACGUCGAAGGGAAAAACAAAUGUACAAAACACUGAAAAGUCUGAUCGGCCCGACGUGGAUGCAAGCUCUUAGUGAACUUCAAAGAAAAGCUUUAGACACGUUAGAAUUCUGUAUUUAUCAAGAUAUGCUAGAAGGACGCCCAAUUCGCACGGCUAAUGCAAUGAAAGAACUUGGUCUUUACCCUAGACCGAAUAGCUUCGAUCUGAUGAAUUGUGUGUACCUCGGUCGCAAAGACCCGAAAGAGAUGCUAGCGCAACUGUUUCUCACGACUUACGGACAUCCAUUAGAAGGCAAAAGAGGCACUUACGAUCUUAACGCGAGACUAAUGUUGUCUGGUAUUUUGUACUUAGGCCUACAGAAUUUACUAGAGUUGUUAAGAAUAAGAUUUCGCCCUGAUAAGGUGAAAGAACCUCAUAAACCCAAACCGAAACCCCAGAAGCAGCCACAAUUAGAAUCACCUUACUUGCAAGACUUCACUGCGUUUUUGUAUUUGCGACCACAAAAAAAACCUUUUCGACCGCCUCCGCUUCCAAAUUUAGAGGAUCUCAAUGAGCCAUACGAAGAAGAACCGCCGAUUACUAAGCCACCGCCCCCGCCACCUCCACCACCGCCGCCGAAAAAGAGGCUUGCACGGGGUUACUGCGAUAAAAUAGCGGGUAUUAUGAAUAUAGAACCAUAUUCCACGAUUACAACAACUCCAACUGUAAAGACCAUGUCUCAACGAAAUCGUCUACGGAAACCUAGAAGCUCUAAAAUGAGUGUUGAAAUGAAAAAAUCUUAUGGCAUUAGCAUGUCUCCUACAAACAAAGGCGGGAAAAGAAGGAAAAAGCUGACUGCACCAUGUACUGGAAUAGCCAAUACAGAAUUUAUGAUCAAUGGCGUGUUUACUGUACGUGGUAAGACAAGGUUCGUGCUCGGUGCCGUCUCAACAUUACCUCCCGAGGGAGAUCUCAUAAAUGGUGGGUAUACAUUAAUAAAUGGAGCAUACAUCAAUAUACAUUGCGGUUUCCGCGGACGAAACCCGCCACUGAAACUUGGCACAGUUUGCGAUUGCGUCAAAAAAUGGCAAGACGUUGCUUUAAAAUAUGUGAAAGAAAGUAAAUGUCGUUGUGGUCAUCUUUAUGAUUACGGAAACGAAGAAACUUUUCCUCCGGAGGAGCUCCCGUACUUUCAGAAGCCGACGCGAUUUUCGCCGUUCCAGUUCAACUACCAUACGAUAUACAAUUUAGAUGAAAAACAACUCCAUGUUCAAAAGGAGUUUAAAAGAGUUUGGGAAACGGAGAGCGUUCUCCUCGAGGGUGAUAAUGCUGUGAUUGAAAAAAAAGACAAAAAGAAGAAAAAAGCUAAACGUUCAUCGAAUACUUGUUUAGGGCAAUCUCCAAAGCCCGAAGACUACUUAAAGUGUGCCCUUCGUCACAUGAGACGUUUGAAUGUAGCUGCUAAACUUCCCGACAUUCACUUGGUGCCAGAGUUGAAGGAGUGGAUGAGGCGACGUCUCUACGGACCGCUCGAUGAGUCUGAGAAGCGGCUCAAGUUGAGACGGAGCUUUAUGUUUUGGCACAUCUUGCUGGGACUCGAAGAAAAAGGUUUCAGUCACGUGAUCCCUAAGAAAGAUCCCGCUUUUACCGGCCAUACGACGACAUGGACGCACAAGCAAGAGUUGAAUGACAAAUUUCGAAAAUAUACACGUAAAUACAAACUGGAUUUGUAUAGGACGUAUGCUAAGAGUGCAAAUUUCUACUGGCCGACUAUGUGUCAAGCUGAAUUUCCAGACAAGAAGUUUCGUGAAAUAUUUUUUUCAUAUCUCUCCGCUCGUAUCGAAGAUGUGCAUCUAAUGCGCCCGUACAACUCAGGAGAGACCGCAGCUCGCGCUAACAUUAUCAACAAAAACCGAUAUGUGUGUAGGCCGGCUGGUAUCGAGGACAAAGAAUAGAUCUGUGGCUUUCGAGAAUAAAUCUGCUGAUCAAAUAAA